CGCCGAGUGAGGCCGCGGGCGCGGGGGGUGGGGGGUGGGAGGCCGGGAGGGGCCGGGACGCCGGGCUCCGGGCCGGGGGCGGGGGGCGCGGGCACCGGCGACCCCGGUGGCGGCGGCGGCGGCCGCGGGAAGCCGCGGGGCCGGUCAUGCGGCUGCGGGGCCCGCGGCCCGGAGCGUCCGCCCAGCCCUGAGCGAGGCCCCGCAGGGCGCCCCCCGCCGCUAAGGAUGAGUCACUGCAGUAGCCGUGCCCUGACCUUGCUGAGCAGCGUGUUCGGGGCCUGCGGCCUGCUCCUCGUGGGCAUCGCCGUCAGCACAGACUACUGGCUGUACAUGGAGGAGGGGACCGUGUCGCCGCAGAACCAGACCACCGAGGUCAAGAUGGCGCUGCACGCGGGCCUCUGGCGGGUCUGCUUCUUUGCAGGUCGGGAGAAGGGACGCUGCGUGGCCUCCGAGUACUUCCUUGAGCCGGAGAUCAACUUGGUGACGGAGAACACGGAGAAUAUUCUGAAGACGGUGCGCACGGCCACGCCCUUCCCCAUGGUCAGUCUGUUCCUGGUGUUCACGGCCUUCGUCAUCAGCAACAUCGGCCACAUCCGCCCCCAGAGAACCAUCCUGGCCUUCGUUUCUGGCAUUUUCUUCAUCCUUUCCGGCCUCUCCCUGGUGGUGGGCUUGGUUCUCUACAUCUCCAGUAUCAACGAUGAGGUCAUGAACAGACCCAGCAGCUCUGAGCAGUAUUUCCAUUACCGCUAUGGGUGGUCCUUCGCCUUUGCUGCUUCCUCCUUCCUGCUCAAAGAGGGGGCCGGCGUGAUGUCCGUGUACCUGUUCACCAAGCGCUACGCGGAGGAGGAGAUGUACCGCCCGCACCCCGCUUUCUACCGCCCACGCCUCAGCGACUGCUCCGACUACUCGGGCCAGUUCCUGCAGCCCGAGGCCUGGCGUCGCGGCCGCAGCCCCUCGGACAUCUCCAGCGACGUCUCCAUCCAGAUGACCCAGAACUACCCGCCGGCCAUCAAGUACCCGGACCACCUGCACAUCUCCACCUCGCCCUGCUGAGACCCGGCCGGGGCGCCGGGCUCGCGGAUCCCUUAGGCCCGCCCAGGCCCCGCCCCUCCCCAAGUCGCGCCGCUUGGUUGGUCCCGCCCACGUCCGAGACUCCGUCCCCGUCCACUCCCCUUUCUGUUGCCCGCCCCCGCCGUCUGGCCCUUUAUUUUGAUUGCCACGCCCCCUUGUUCAGCUGCUUCUUCAUUGGUCCUUUCCACUUCCAGAUGACUCCUCCCCCUCAUUUCCCCCUCCCUCUCCAUGAGCCACGCCCUCUCCCGGUGGCCCCUCCCUUUCCAGGCAAUUUGCUCCUCCCCCGUUCCACCUGCUCGGCGCCCUCUGACCCUGCCCAGCCCCAGCCCCCCAGCUCCCCCAGCUCCCGUCGCCCUGCAGAGGCUGGAGAGUGGGACCGGCAGCCACCCCGGGAAUGCCGAUCGCCUUCUCCGCUCUGCCCUGACCCCUUCUUCCCGUUCACAUAAUACCUCCUGCCCGGCUUCCUGGUCCUGAGGGCCGGGGAGGGGACUGGAGGGGCGGGGGGGGGAGGAGUUAGAGGCUGCGGUCAGCUUGGACUCCUCCCCUCUCCCCAUCUCUUUCUCUCUCACUUGCUGGGCCUUUUCGGCCCCUGGAAUGUGACCUGUCAUCUAGGGCUCUUGUCUAAUGGCCACCAUGCUCUCUCGGCUCCCCUAGGCUUGUUCUUCCUUCUCCUCCCCCCCCCCCCACUCCCUCCCAUCUCUCAUCCGAAGCCCCCAGGUGCAUUCCAACCCAUACACCAAACCAGAAUGGGGACCCCAAGGUGGAGGGAGUUCCCCAGGCCAUCUCCACACCUGUGCCCGCCUCUCCCCCCUCGAGGCCCCGUCGGGGGAGGGAGGGGCAGUAGCGGGGGUCAACGCCCCCCCAAACCUCAGUCUUCCAUUUUCUGGCACUCCUCCUCAUUGAUGACCUUCUCCGCAUCUCAGACCCCCCCAACUCUGGCCUCUUUCAAGGGCCCAUCCGUCCCCCUUGGACAGAUGGGGGGGUGAGAGGGGAGGUCACCUGAAAAUCGCCCACUCCCCUUAUUACGGGUGAGGGACGAGGUAGCACAGUGUUGUACACGGAACUAG